AUGGGGGGCUCUGGACUGCUGGACAAAGCCAUCCAGAAGGUGGUCGCAGAGAGGACCAGCUUACCUGGGGAGGAAUGGGUGUUUGUCUCUUCCAAAGAUGCAGAUAUGACAGAUGCAGCACAAAUGCAAGCUCUGUUCCAGAAGGUACAGCCUAACCAUGGCAUCCAUCUUGCUGCAAUGGUAGGCGGCCUUUUCCGGAAUAUCAAAUACAAUUUGGAUUUCUGGAUCCACUAUGAUCCACCCCACAGCAGCAAUUUUGGGUAUUUGUGUGCCAAGAGGAUGAUUGAUGUGCAGAACAGGGCCUACUUCCAGCAGCUUGGCUGCACCUUCACUGCUGUCAUCCCUAUCAAGGUCUUCGGGCCUCAUGAGAACAUCAACAUUGAAGAUGGCCGUUUGCUGCCUGGUCCCAUCCAUACGGUGCACCUGGCCAAGAGUAAUGGUUCAACCUUGACUGUAUGGGGUGCAGGGAAACCACGGAGGCAGUUCAUCUACUCUGUGGACCUAGCCUGGCUCUUCAUCUGGGUCCUGUGGGAGCACAGUGAUGCGGAGCCCAUCAUCCUCUCAGUGGGCAGGGAAGAUAAAGUGUCCAUCAAAGCGGCAGCCGAGGCUGUAGUGGAGGCAAUGGGCUUCUGUGGGGAAGUCACUUUUGGUUCAACAAAGUCAGAUGGACAGUCUAGGAAAAUAGCCAGCAAUGGCACACUUCAGGCCUAA